UUUGUGGACCACUACCUAAAACUGAAGAAUAUACCCGCUUUUUUUGUGAAAACGCCCUGCCGCUUUUCCUUUAGCUUUAGCAACAGUUUGAGAACGAAAUGGACGUUUUACUUCGGAUUUGAUACAUAAAGCAGCUCAUUUUACACAAAAUGUGGAGUUUAAUGAUCAAAAAGCUUCUGGUGAACUUGGAUCAUGAUUUAUAAAUCGGGGUUCUUUGGUUUGUGCUGCCUGUGUUUGGCACCCGGUGUGCUUGGUGAUGAAGUGAAGUCAGUGUCAGUGAUGGAGGGAGAUUCUGUUACUCUAUACACUAAUGUAACUGACAUACAGAAAGAUGAUCAUAUAAUGUGGAUAUAUGGAUCUCAAGCGACGACUAUAGCUCAAUUCUUUAAGCAAGCCAAUUUGAGCUUUAUAUAUGAUGAUGUUAAUGAUGGGAGAUUUAGAGCCAUACUACAAUUAAACAAUCAGACUGGAUCUCUCACCAUCACAAACGUCAGAUUGACACACAAUGGACUUUAUAAACUACAGAUCAUCAAUAGCAGAGGAACCUCAUACAAACGAUUUAAUGUUGCUGUCUAUGCUCCUCUGCCCAUUCCUGUCAUCACUCGUAUUUCAGUCUUAAAAAACUGUUCAUCGUCAUCAGAAAUAUCAUCAGUCUCAAAUUGUUCAUUAUUGUGUUCAGUGUUGAAUGUGACAGAUUUGAGAGAUGUGAAUCUGUCCUGGUACCAGGGAAACAGUUUAUUGUCCAGCAUCAGUGUGUCUGAUCUCAACAUCAGACUCUCUCUACCUCUGGAGGUUGAAUAUCAGGAUACAAACACAUACAGCUGUGUGGUGAGCAAUCCUAUCGCAAACCAAACUAAACAUCUCAACAUCACUCAUCUCUGUCAGCCGUGUUCAGGAAAAUGGGACAUUAGCACUUCACUUCGAAUAGGAAUAAUUGUUGGAGUAGUGAUUCUUGUUGUGGCAGUAGCAGUUUUUGUGGCUUUAAAAUACUUAAGAUCAGCAACAAAUAAAGUUGAAGAGGUGAUAACUAAUGAAGACGUGCUUUACUCUGAGACGACAUUUUGUGCUCGUGGUGUAAAGGGUCCGAAAGCUGAUGAGGAAGACCACGUAGUGUACUCAAGUGUCACUUAAGAGAUGAGAUCAUCAGUAGUAUAUAGUCGAUACAUUUCAAUUCCCAACGGUCUGUUGGUGUACAAAUACGUUUCUUAUAAACGUGUAAAUUUUCUCAACUCAACUAGUAUUGCUGUAUAUCAGCCUGUAUAUCACUUCUGGAAUUCAGUUUUUUCUUUCAGGGCUUGUUUAAACUUGAAGGAGAUGCUUUAAAGGUUUCAGUAUUCGUCCACUGUUUCAGAAUUACAGUCUUAUAGUAUUAACUGCUUUUGUACGCAAUGGGCUAAAAAUACAUUAAUAUUAUUUAUUCAUUUGAAGAGGAAAUUAAGAUUUCCUGAAAGACUGAAUGUUGAAUAACGAAUUGAGCUAUAACACAGUCAAUCGACAUCUGCCUGUAAAAAAUUAUUCAUUCAAUUUACUACAUUUUUUUAAAGGUAAGUGGUCCCAAUCAAUUUAUUUAAGCUACAUUUAAACGAAACUUUUUGUUUUGUUUUUCAAAUUUUUUUGUUUAAAUGUAGCAUAAAUAAAUUGAUUGCGACCACUUACCUUUAAAAAAUGUAGUAAAUUGAAUGAAUCAUUUUUUUCAGUGUACUUGCUUUUGCAAUAACAGUUGUUUUUAUACACGGUAAGUCAUUUAAUCUGUUACACAGUACAUGUUACUACAUGAUGUAAAUGCUGAGAAGUUUUUCAUUUGUGAAUACUCUUAUAAUAGCAUAGUCUGCCUUUGAUAAAAACUAACUGAACUAAAUUCACUUGCCUUUUUACAGCACUUACAAUUUUAUAUGAUUUUUUUACGCUGUCUUUAUACCAGAGAUUAUAUUUUUCUAUCCAUUAUAUCCUUUUUACCGUAUAUCUUUAUUUGGCCAUAUGUAGGCUAUAUAGCCUUCUUCUGGAUCACAUAUUUUUUAAGCAUGUCGAGCCUAAAAUGGGCUGUUAAUGGAUCUGCAGGCACAUUAGAAGCUUUUGGUCAUCUGAUACUUUCAAAUGGCUAUAACUCUGUUUUUAUCACUUGUGGUUGGAAAAAGAGCUUCCAAUGUCAGGCUAAUAGCAUGCUCAUGAAUAAGAUAUGAAAAAUGAUUGAUCAGAUGAACUUGGAAACUAAAGUGUCCAAUUGUCCGUGUGAAUUUAUACUGCACUUAACAUUGUUGGGCCUGGACAUGCAAUAUAAACAGUAUCUCAAAGUAA